AAAAUAAACAAAACAUGGCUGGCACAGUUUCACGUGGUGCCCCAAAUAUUAUGAUUGCAGGUGAGAACAAACUUUCAAAAGGCUAUUAAUUAUUGUUCUAAUAAUGUCGAAUAUUGCCACUUCAAAAAUAUGUUGUUGAUAGACCAGUGUUUCCUGAAGUCGUGGGGCAGGGGCAAUUACUGUAAUAUAAAUUGAUACACUGAUUCACUGAGACUGAGUGUUAGUGUUAUUAAUCAGUUAUUAAUAAUAGCCUGCCUGCCUAUAGUCUGGCUAUACUGACUAUAGUGAGAGAACAGUGUUAUUCUAUAGCCUUGGCCUUGGUAAUCUACCACUGCAGCAUCCACUAUUUACCAAAUACUAAUAGAGUUUGAGUUUUCCCCUAUCUAUCAUUGAUCAUGCCCUAUGAGCCCUAUGUACUAUGUUAAUGUUACAAUUAUAUUUAUAUGGCAUGGUAAUGGCAGUAAUGGUAUCAAUGAAGGGAAUAAGUAUAAGAACUUUAAGAAGUGAUCUGAUUGAUGUGUUUGCAUAAGUAUAAGCCACACAUCUGCCAGAGACAAUAUGUGAACCUGAUAGAAUAUAUGGCUAGAAUAUAUAUAUAUAUAUAUUUCUAUAUGUGAUAAUAUGUACUCCUGUCAAGGGAUCAAAAGUUGGCCAGGCACUUCAACAAGAAAAUGGUCCCCUCCCUCUCUUUCAAUGGCAGCGAAACCAAUGGCCCUCUGUCCAUUGUCCACAGUGGUAUUUUCAGUAAAAUAGCACUAAGACCCCCCCCCAAAAAAAAAAAGAUUUCUGAAUAGCCAACGCCAACACUGAAGAGGUAGAUCACCAACUAAAUUAGUUUAAUGACAUUGGCAUUGGUUAACUGUUUGAAAAACUUUAUGAAAACUGUCACAAAUAGGUGAAUUCCAUAGUAACUGACGUAAUUUUCAGAAAAAUUUUCAAUUUGCAUUGUAAUUGUAUAAAUAAUAUAUUCCAUGAAGUGUGCUUAAUUUAACUAUUAUGUAUGAUUUUGGGUCUUAAGUUGGUUCUUGGUAGACUGUAAAAGUAAAACAAUAGCAUUUAUAUAAAUAUUUUAAUUGUUAAGCCUAAUUAGUAGUAAAACUAAUACAUUUUGGAAUUUUAACUGACAUAACAUGAAAUAAAGCAAUAUAUAAAAUACUUUAAAAAAACAACCCUUUUACAAAAACGUACUGAAAUAUAAAAUAAAUGUCCCCCAAAACUAGUUGUCACAGUCAUCAUGUGACUAAAAAACAUCGGGUCUUCCAUGAAUUCAAUGUACUUCACUAAUUUCAUUCCAUUUGUCAAGUUCACAGUCGAUGGGAGCAUAUAACAGUAAUGCACGGCAUUUGUGAGACCUCAUACUUCCAUGAUUAAAUUAUCUGCAUCAUAACAAUUGUCACAUUAUACUUAUUUGCAGCAAUGCAAACAUAUAGAUGUGUCCAACAUUGUAUUUGUCAAGUAAUACAACAUCGUUGUAUUUCAUGGGGGCCCCAUGGAUUUUUAUUCAUAUGUCUGUAACAACAUGGGGGACAUGUAUUUGAUACUUUUUAGUACAUUUCUUGGAAAAGCGUGUUUUUAAAAAUCUAUUUUUUAAUAUUGUUUUAUUUUGUACUCUUUAGAUUUGGAAUAUGUCAAACACAAAUGAAUAAACUGGAACAUGAUUUUAGUAGUAAUAGCGUCUAAAAUUUAAAUGUAAAAAAAAAUGAAUGCUUUGAAAGUGUUAGUACUGUGUUUUACACUCGUGACCUGCUGAUUAUGAAGGGCUGUGAGUCAUCUUGGGUGGGUAAGUGUACAAAUAUCUCAGCUCAAACAGAGGGUCAAAAUUGAGAUACAAAGAUUUUAUCACACACAAAUGGACAGAGCAACCUAAGAAAAAGUGUAUAAAAUACAUACUAUUUGAGCUAGCAUCUUUUUUGUUCUUUUCCUCUGAAAUAUGCUUUAAUUGAAAUAUAUUUUUCUCAAACUAAUUAUCUAUGAUUGUUAUCUACAGUGUUUUCUAAUUAGAAAGCACAUUAAAAAAAUACAGACAAAAUAAUGUAACUGGUGUAAUAUCACAUUGUAUUGUAUGCAAGCAAUAAGAAAUAAAACAAUGUUAAUUCUUUUACAGAAUAACAAAUAAUUCACAGUAGCAAUAAAUAAACUUAAAUAAUCAUAAAUAACAGUGUUUUAAUGCUUGUAUAUCAUGUGACAUUGACCAUGACAAUAAAAAUUGACUCUUUACAUUUUUUCAACAAAAUUUAUAAUUAAAAUGUGUAGCAAUAUGUUCUUAAUUUCAAAUGGCAACCAGGUCAUGUCUCACAGAACAAAUAUACCGGUACUAAAAAUGACUCCAUACCAAAAUGUAUGAAAUAAAUUUAUAUAGCACCAAAUUGUGUCUACUUUUUACGUUGAAUUCACCUAUAACAACUGCAUAGUUGCAGCUAAAAAGUAAAAAUCUCAUCUUAACAAAGUUCUAAAGUCUAAUUUCCUUAAAGUAAAAAAUUGAUAAUGGUAAAACAUCAUUUUACCAAAAUUUAAUUUGUUUUACAUUAAUGAAAUCUAAUUACCAAAUUUAAUAAAUAACACACCUAAUAUUGAGCUUUCUUACUAAUCUUCCUUAGGCCUAUCAUAAACAUAAACAAAAAAAUAUGUAUGAAAUAAAAUCACCACAUUAACAUAAUAUUUUACAAGAUAACACUUAUGUUUCAUGGGUAUUCUUAAAGAAUAGUUAGGAUAACAUGCCCAAAAAUCCUAAAUAAUUUCACAAAAUAUAUUUACACAAGUGUUUCUAAAUUAACAAUUUCAAGUUUCAGCUUUUCCUUCACACUAAUAUUUACGACUUACCUGAGUCUUUCAUUUUAAUUUAAAUGGCUCCAACUAGAUAGUUCCCACAAAAUAUCACAGUAUUGUUGAACUUGAACAUAUGACUUUGUAAUUAAAAAUGCUUGCUGAUCUGAAAUUUAUUUAAAAUGAUAAAGUUGCAGGCUGUAGAACUUUUAACAAGAAAACAAUCUUUAAAUAAUUUUGCCACAUAUAAUCACUGUUAACACAGUUGACAAUAUUAUAUUUCUUUCUUAUUUUAGAUACUGAUAUAAUGCAACAAAUUUUAACUUUUUAUCCUGAAAAUUAUUUGUUUAUAAUUGAACAAGCGAAAGGUUACAUUUUUGUUAAUUUAAUUGGCUAAAACCAUAUUUUACCAGUUGAGUUCCUACUGUAACUAAUUUAGAGCUUGUUCAUAACUGACAAAAGCACCUGGCAAACUACAAGCAGAUGAAGCAAAAAAAAAUAUUUUACAAUAAUAACCUCAAGUCAAUACCAACUAUACUAACCAUACUUUGCAACCAUCCUUUAAAAAGGUACCCCAGGUACAGGCAAGUCCACUUUAGCUAAAGAGCUUGCUCAACGAAGUGGCCUUAACUACAUUAGUGUUGGUGAAGUUGCAGAAAGGGCUGACUGCAUGGAUGGAUAUGAUGAUGAAUUGCAGUGUGGUAUUCUAGAUGAAGACAAGGUAAAGUUGUCAUGCAUUUUUUAGCGUUUUACUUGAACAUAAUUUCUCAUAAUUUUGGGGUUUAAAAACAGUAUAAAUCAAAGACAUCUACAGCCUUUGCCUAGAAUGCAAGCCCAUAAUUAUGAUGUGCAUGUUAACAUAAUAAUAAUAAUAAUAAUAAAGCUUAUUUGAAAAUCAGGCUUCAUCCCCAAAGGCUCGAAGCAUGGUACAAAGUUAUCUAUAUGAAAAGAGAAAUGAACCAAUCAAUAUUUUACCACAUUGAAAUACAAAACGCAACCUUACAAAAACUACAUACGAGAAUACCCAUUCUAAUUCUUUCAUCCCUUGCAACCAUAAACAGCACAGGCCACUAUACAUCUAGGAGAUAAUAGCUAGCUGGAAAAGAUGGUAGACAACAUCUCCCCAGCAGGUGUUUGGGAAAUAGAUAUGUUUUCAAAUCGGUUUUGAAAGACUCCAGUGUCUGGCUGUUUCUGAGAGCGACAGGAAGUGUGUUCCAAAUAGUUGGGCCAGCAAGUGCGAACGUGCGCCCUCCUUAAGUCUCAAGGCGAAAACGUGGUAUCCAGAGUUUGCCACUUUCGGAUGAGCGGAGCUGUCUAGUGGAUACAUAAGCGCUUUGAGGUAGGAUCAUGUAAGCAGCGGAAGCACAGAGUUGCAAUUUUUUACCGCGGACCGGCAGCCAAUGCAACUCUCUCAGAAGUGUUUUAGCAUGGUCAAAUUUGUGUUUGCUUAUAGCACAUGUGUCAAACUCAAGGCCCACGGGCCACAUCUGGCCCACCAGCCCCGCGAAGUCUUGACAAGCGUACAAGUAUAUCCAAGUCAACGCUAUGGUUUUUCCCAAUGCACACUUUGCUGAAAAACUUAGGUUACUUCGCGCCGAGGUCACACGACGCUUUAGUGACUUUGAAGCGCAGAAAUGUAAUUUUGAGCUGUUUCGUAACCCAUUUUUCAUAGAUGUGGAAACUGCACCUUUAAAUUGGCAGAUGGAGCUAAUAGAGCUGCAGUGUAAUGAGACACUUAAGGCAAUGUACGACACAGUUGGGCCAACACAAUUCACUCGUUUCAUUCCUGAAAGGAUGCCCCAGCUUCGUCUACUUGCAGCAUGAUGGGGCUCAAACCUUGAACAUGUUUGGUAGCACAUAUAUGUGUGAGCAGCUGUUUUCUGUGAUGAAAGUUAACAAAACAUCACACAGAAGUCGUCUCACUGAUGAACACUUGCAGUCCAUCAUGAGAAUCUCAAUGACACAGCACGUUACUCCCAACACAAACGAACUUAGUUGUUUUUAUAUAAAUGUUUUUUUAUAAAAGAUUAAUUUUCCGUUUAUUGAAUUUUUAUCCUGUUAGGUCCACAACCUUACACAUGAUUUGAGUUUUGGUCCGCCGAGCAAUUGAAUUUGACACCCCUGACAUAGAUUGAUUUGUAGUCAGUAACAUCUAUUGAAUCCCUUUUGAGUGUUUCAUCCCAUAAACCAGAGCUCCACAACCUGUAUGAUGCUGCACAAGAUGAUGUUGGGUGUGCAGCGGUACACUGGUAUGCCAUGAAAUGAUUCUAGGUGUGCCAUGGAAAAAUACCUUCAAGUGGAGGGAAUUACAGAGUUAAUAUGGUGCACGUAAACAUGAUAAAAGCUUGAUGAUAAAAUAGGACAAUUAUAUGAUUUUGGCAAGCUGUCAAACUUUUGAAUUCAAUGAUCACAAGAUAUGAGCACAUGCAAAAUUGGCGAGUCGCAUGGUUCCACUUAUAAUGUGACACCAUUCUAGUGAUUUAAUUUUAUCCUAAUAAUAAUGUAACUUGUUGGCUGUGAUGUUGAAUUUAUAUUCUCAGGAGUAGCUUAAAUAUCUGCAACUCUCUAGCACCAAGUCAAUUACCAGUAAGCCUGGAAUUGAUAUAAUCUACACUUUUGUUUUCAUUGUGUUUCAUAUUAUAUUAAGCAGUGGCCCUUUAAAGGAUCAGGCUUAUAUUCUUCUUGGGCUGUUCCCAGUUGUGGGUAUAUGACAGGUGGACUCCUAAAGUCCAGUAUCGCAUCUUCUCUUUGAGAAGGUAAAAUUCUUUAUUAAAUAAUUCCCCUGAAAGCUGACGAGGGGUAAAAGAAGUUUGUUUCAGAACUACUGGACCAUGUUGGGGCAAAACAGUGUAUGACUCAAACCAGCUGUAAUCUUAGGAGUUAAGUUGCAAGAAUAUUCCCAAAGUUCUAUUAAAAAAAAUACUAUGAAACCAGUUAAAUAAAUUUAAAUAAAAUGAGUAAAACAGAGUAGUGUUAAACCUGAAAAAAUAAACGCCACAAAACAGCGAACGUGUCGGCAGAAAGCCUUCGUCAGCGAACAAAACAACAGAAAAAACGGUAUGAAAAUAAAAAUAAGAAAUAGCACUUAGCUGGUAAGUAGUAUCUGUGUGCAGCAAUAGAAGUGUGGCAGAAGGAAAAUGAGUGAGAGUUUAAAUAUGCAGCGGUGAAGAAAAAAAAGAGGGGAGAAAAAGUUCACUGUGAUAGGUCAGAACGUGGAGGGGCGGAGCUAGGGUCAAGCUGUAAACAGAGACAUAACAUUAAUCCCAUCUGGCGUCAAAGUGACUAACCUGAUUGCAGUCUCUCCCCUUAUUACCCCUAAAUAAAUUUAAAAAAUGCAAUUUUAAAGAUUCAAUAAUUUCUUAAUAGUUCAGCAGAGAUAAUAAAAUUUAAAAUUUGAAAAAUUUCUAAGCUUAUUAUUUUUCAGUAAGGGGCCAUCCUUAUAUUACACAUACUAUUAAAAGUCAACUUUUCAUACCCCGUUGUUGCACCUGUCCAUUUUUGGACCUCUCUUUGCAAAUGUAAAAGUAUAAUUCUCACCCUUCCCCAAAUCACAGUUGAUUUAUGGACAGUUGUCCCACAAAGUAUUCCCAACCGAUGUCUGUUUUUUCGGCGGUGGUGCUCACAUGGGGUUUGCCUCUUCGUGGCGUGCCAGACUAGUAGGGAAGUACUGUUCUCCCGAAGCCAAUAACCCUGGCCGACUACAUGACUCCCAACGCAACGGGAGUAGUAAUGUCGUAACAUGAUUACUUGUUACUGUUGAUGGAUAUGAGGCUUGGGUGGCGGUUAAAACCCAUGCUGAUUCUUUAGCUACGCGGCCGUGAGAAAGCCGCUCGUAGGCAACUGUUUCGUCCCAGCUCUCCGUCCCGACAGAAAGACUCCCUGGGCGGUGGGGGGUUGUAAUGCAACACCUUCCCUCCGAAGUGGAAGCAAACCCCCCCAAGCAAUAGAAAAAUCGGCUGCGAACGUUUUAAACGCAGCGUUUUCGGUCGACUGGACGUCCCCCAUGCCAGGCGGGAGGUUCCUGGCGUUCCACCGCACGGUCUGGCGGCCGGGAAACCCGGCGUUUGGCCCGUGUGAGGAGGUGCCUGGGAAGGGUCAUUAUGAGCUCAUGCUCGACGGCCCACCGACGCCAUUUCCUAAUAAGACAUCUGUUUUUGCUAAAUUAAUAUAAUAUUUGGUUCAGCUUAACAAAAUAAUGACAUCACAUGCACAGAAACAUACAAAGGCCAAUGGUGGACCAAAGUUUUCACUAAGCUAAAUAUUACUGUUGCAAUAUAUAGCAUGUUCAUUUGUGAAUAAACAAAGGAACAGUGUGACCAUAGAUACAAAACAUUUUUAUUCAUCCAUCCAUGUGGCAAUAAAGUUGGUUUUGGACUUUGGCCUGCCUCACCGCUUCCUUCCAUUAAGGCCUAACUGAUGCUUUUUUUUUUUCCAUGCUAGGAUUCCCAGCUUUUUUCCACAUCUUCCAAACUGAUGAUUUUAUAGCCUUCGAAAAUAAUAAGAAAUCAAAGAAUUUCAGAUUUUUUUAUGCCAGUUGGAUUUAUGAAAGAUUUAAAUAGAAAUAUGGACUUUAAGAAUUUCAGGAUAUUUAUUGCAGACCCCUCGUUCCAGGUUUCCGGUUGACAAGUCUGUUGUGGCUUGCCGAUUAGGAAGCGUCGGCCACCGACCCCCUCGGCGUUUGCCUGGAAACAUAACUACUGGGCACGCCCCGCGUGGGCAGACAAAGGGUGUGCUCGGUAUCUGCCGUACAUAAAACAGCUCCCACAGGGCUGCCGGUUGUGAUAUUUUGCAGUCGGAAAGUUAUGCAGAGCCAGGGUAGGGAUCAUGAUUACAAGUUGCCGUUGACGGGUAUGAGGCCAGAGGCGAAGGUGGUAACCUCUGGAGGAUUCAAAUAAUGCAGCCGUGAGAAUGCUGCCCCUAGGCAACCGUUUCGUCCCAGCUACAGCGUGAACUAGUCGCGUUGUGGAAGCCCACUGUGGAAUCCCUCUUAUAGGGCGUCCGACGCUUUCCCGGGAUGGGUGGGGGAAGAUAUUAGGACGUAAAUUUUUCCAUCCCAACUCCUGAGAAAGUCGAUCGAGUGCACUGUUUAAACGCAUAGUGUCGGAUCGACCGGGUGGCUCCUCUGCGGCUCCCAGGCCGGGUCCUGGUCGAGCGCCCAAGCGCCCAGGCUGGGGACUUGGGUGAGGGGCCCGUGUGGGGGCCGUCCUGACGAGUGGGCACUCCAAUGUGCCGCUCCGCCGCCCGAUAUGUCGGACCAGGGAGGGGUAAUUAGGGGGGGAGGGGGCAUAAGAGUCUAGACUCGCCCUGCUAAUGCCAUUUCUUAAUGUAACAUAUUGCAGACCCCUCCCCAUGCACUCCUGUAAUAACUGUCCAUACUUUUGCAAUUUUACCUUUUCAGAUUAUUGAUGAACUUGAAGAGACAAUGUCAGCAGGUGGAAAUAUAGUAGAUUACCAUUCAUGUGAAUUCUUUCCUGAAAGAUGGUUUGAUAUUGUGUUUAUUUUACGUACAGAUAAUACUAUUCUUCAUUCUCGAUUAACUGAAAGGUACGUUUUUUAAUUCAUCCAGUUAUUGCUACUGGUAUGUCUAAAUGUGUUGUUUCUCAUAUGAUCCAUUAAAAUUUUCCGAGUCUAUGUGCCAAAUAAGUUCUGUGUAUCAGUAGAGAAGCUAGAGUUUGUGAUGCUCGGGUCAGUAGAGAAGCUAGAGUUUGUGAUGCUCAGGCCAGUAGAGAAGCUAUAGUUUGUGAUGCUUGGGUCAGUAGAGAAGCUAGAGUUUGUGAUGCUCGGGGAGGUCCUUGACUUUGACUCCCCCAGUUAAAGAAACCUACAAUGCAUACUGAAUACACAUAUUAAAAAUAAGCUAUUUAAAGUAUAUCAAGGGAACCCAAAAAAGCCACCCGUGGUGCACCGCACCCUCAUGCUAUGCCUAGGAUGUGCUUAACAUUUUAAGUGCUGUGCACAUUUAUGGACUAGCAUAAACAAGUCUUAAUUAACAUUGUAUUUACAAAUUGAAGUUUUGGAGCAGGUUUGGAAAAGUUGGGGGAAAAAAAUGAAUCCACACCUUUAAAUUCUUUUGUGAGUGCUCAAAAUUAUUGUGUACAUAAGUGGCAUAACCCAAUGCAUUAUAUAUAUAUAUAUANUAUAUAUAUAUAUAUAUAUAUAUAUAUAUAUAUAUAUAUAUAUAUAUAUAUAUAUAUUAGUAUUAAAAGUGGCAUUAUUAAUUUUUUAAAAUUGAAAUUUAAAUGUUAAAUUUAAAUUAUUAAGUGUCAAAAUAUUUUUCUACAGAGGUUAUAACGAGAAGAAAAUUGAGUCCAACAUCUCAUCUGAAAUAUUUCAAGUCAUUGCUGAUGCUGCCAGGGAAUCUUAUCCAGCUGAAAUAGUUCAUGAAUUAGCCUCAGAUAAUGCAGACCAACUUGAGUCAAAUUUGGACAAGAUUCUUGAGUGGUUAGCACUUUGGAAACAGCAGCAUUGACCCAUAGAAUAAUAAGAUCUUAGGACAGAAAAACAUUUUUUGGAUUAGACAUUGGAACUUAUUUGUGAAUUUUAUCUUACAAGCAUAAAGAAAACAACCUUGGUUUAGCAUUUUAAAAUUUGCAUCUCUCCAUGGAAUAUGAUAUAAGAAAUACUUGUCAUUGGCAGGUUGCCCUUUGUCUUCAUCAUUGUAACUUAUGAGUUCCAUUUUAAGUGGAAAUGUGAUUUUUAUGUGUUUUUUAAAUUGUUUCCUUUAACCUGCAUUAGUAUUAGUGUAGUGCCUGCUUUGGGAGUUAUUUUUAACUUGACCAGUACAUUGGUUUUAUUUAUUGUAUUAAAAUUUCAAACUUAAAUAACUGAUGAAAUAAUAAUUUUUCAAAAUACGAGUAUGGGUAUAUAUAAUGAAGAAUGAAAUAAAUUAAUAUUACGUCAUUAACCUUUUCAGCACAUAUCGGUUAUAGCAUGGAAUAUCCCAAUUUUUUGGCUUCUGCUGCAUUUUAUUAAUCAUGGAAGUGGCAAAAAUGUAGGUUCGCAUACACUUGAUAACAUGUUACCAAGGAAAUCAUAUUUGAUAAUCAUAACUCUUCUGUUUAUAAUCAUGAAAAUCACAUGCAUAAUUAACAGCACAGAAUAAUCUGGUUAUUUUGGCUAAAUUUAGCUUGCUUUGACUGUGGCCACUGAAUGUAGUGGAACUUAUAAAGGCAAUUUUUUAGAUAAAUUCUUUGCACAAUCGCGUAAGCUGAUAAAGCAACAACAUCUUUUGGAAAUAAGAGCUAUAGUAGUAUAUCUUUCAAUGUCAGAGUAUAUUUUAUUGGCUCAAAAUUAAUUUCGUUAUUGAAGGAGAAAGGGGAUUAUUAAUAUUUUCCCAGACUAGCUAGCCAUGCAUAAAGUUUUGGAAAGUGCCACCUAAAACAGUUCUGCAGAUUAAAGAAGGAAGGUCAACAAUGCAGGUAUUCAUUAUGAAAUGCCAUUCUACUGUCUAAAGGGCCUUAGUUGAUCAGGUCUGUGUAUUGAGCGUGAUUUGCUGUGUACACACUGAGACCUUCUUGUAACAGUUUUGUUUUUCGUCUAAAUUUCAUUCAUAAAUUUACUAAGUGUCCUUGAAUUAUGUUUACCGGUAUGUUGAAUACCAUAUUGUACAAAGUUCUUAUAUAACAUAUUUUUGAAUUUAUAAUUUCUCCCUAAAGACAAAAUUAUAUACAGUCAAAAUGAGAAUAUGACUCCAAAAAUAAUAAGUUAUUUUGUCAUUAUUGAAUUGUCAGAAAGGAGAAACUUGCCUUGAGAAUAGGUUAACAAGAUAUUGUAAUUCUACAGGUUUUUUUUUCAGUGUUUUGACCUCACCUAUGGAACAUAUAGCAUAUUUUUGUCUUAAACUGAAGUAAAGAAAAGAUAAGAUAAGCUUAAACCUGUAUAAUUUACCUUACUUUAAUUUCUUUUAGAUAUCUCAGUGAUUUUGUGUUUAUUAAAAAAAAUAAUACACCAUUUUAAACAACUGAGAAUGUUGUUCUUUUUUUAGACUGCUGUUAAUUAUUUAUAUAAGUAUACAUAUUAAGUAUCAAUAACUUUAGGGUAUGGUUAUUUUCUGAUACAUUGACCGUAGUCAUGUUAGCACCUUAUGGAAACUGCUACAACUGUCUUUUUUUUAAAAACUUAAUUUCUUUUAUGAUUACAUUAAGAUUAUUAUAUGUAAUUUUAAUGGCCAAAUAACCAAUUGGCACAUGUUCAAUAGCUGCUUUAACUUUUGAUGAAUUACAGCUGAUUUUUAUGAUUUGGUUGUAAAGUUGUAUAUAGAAAAUUUGAGUUUUUUUAAAUAAAAAAAAAAUAAAUAAUUGACAAAAUAGUUCAAAUAUGAAGCUACUGUUAAAUCAAUAAUUUUAUUUAAAAAAGCCCCUUACCUCUUUUAUUUUUUAAAAUUUUAGACAAAAUUGUCUUCAAAAUUUUGAAAGAACUUCUUGUUUUACAAAAGUUAAGUUUUAUUAUAUAAUAUAAAUUGUUUCGUUUUAAAAUUAGUCUAAGGAUUGGUUUGGGUACAAGCUUUGUUUCUAAUUUGUAUUUAAAAUCCUAUUUACUUUCAUUCAAUUUAAUUACAUUAUAGACAAUUUUGAUGUUUACAUUACUAUUCUGAUUCUUUGUACAAUUGUCUUAUUUGUGUUUUGGCUAAGCCAGGCUAAGCCAUAAAAUAUGCUGGUUAUAGCCUUAAAUA